GCUCCUGAACUCGAAAAGUAUGAUGUAAUAGUUGCAGUAAGUGGUGAUGGAAUCAUCUUUGAAAUAAUCAAUGGACUUCUAUCCCGAAAAGACGCGAAAGAUAUUAAAAUUCCAAUUGGAGUUAUUCCUGCAGGAACUGGAAACGCGUUAAACAUCUGUUUGCACGGUGAAGCCACCGGUACCAACGUGCAGCACUCGGCACUCACCGUAAUCAAAGGUGUACCUAUGGAUAUCGAUGUUUGUUCCGUAACUCAAGGAAACGAUAGCUUCUUUUCUUUUCUAUCGCAAACAUAUGGUAUGAUUGCAGAUUGCGAUAUAGAAACAGAAAACAUGAGAUGGCUUGGCGACGCUCGUUUCGCAAUUGGCAUAUUCCGAUCCUUAUUGGAAAACCGUCGAUAUGGUUGCGAGAUAGCGGUGAAGUUUUCCGAAAAAAACAAAGACGUAAUCAAAGAAUCAUAUAAGAAAGCAUACGCGGAACAAAAUAUCGGGAAUAAUGUGACCAAUAAUAGAGAAAUAGUUAGAAAGUACGGGACAGUGAAUGAUCCAAUCCCAGAAGAUUGGGAAAUCCUGACUCAUGAUGACUUAGCCGUUUUCUUCAGUGGCAAGGUUCCGUGGGUUAGUAAAGGGAAUAUACCGUUCCCCUGCGCGUUACCCAGGGAUGGGAUGUUAGAUUUAAUGCUCAUAAAACGGGAGGGCGUAUCAAAUUUGAAAAUUUUAUCCGCAUUUCUAAAAAUAGAACGUGGCACCCAUUUUAACAUGGAUGAGAUUAAUUAUUAUAAAGUUGAAGCCUUCCGUUUAACACCUAAAAAUCGCGAAACGGGAUAUAUUAGCAUCGAUGGUGAAAAGGUACCAUUUGAACCUUUCCAAGUAGAAGUUCAUCAAAAUCUAAUAAGCAUACUUAGUGUCAAUGGAAAGUAUCAAUACGUUGAUGUCUAA